AUGCGGGAGCCGCGGGCGUGGCUCUUGUGCCUGCUGCUGCUGGGCCUGGCCCUGCCGGGGGCUGCCAGCCGAGCCCGCCAGCGCUCCAUGGAGAUCCGCACCCCGGACAUCGACCCUGCCUGGUACAUGGGCCGCAGGAUCAGGCCCGUGGGCCGCUUCGGCCGGAGGAGGCUGGCUCUGAGGAACAUCCCGAAGCACCUGGCCGGCUUGUCCAGGGAGGGGGUGCCAAGCCCCUGGGGAGGGUGA